AUGGGCGGCGAGCCGAUUAGCUGGUACAACGAGAGCUUCUAUCUCGUCAAGGACAGCGACUCCGGGGAUGAUGUGGGCUAUGUCACCAGCGCGUUCUGGUCGCCGAGUAUGGGGUCGAACAUUGCGUUUGCGGUGAUGCCGCGCUCGCACUGGAGGCAGGGCACCGGCGUCAAGGUGGAGUUGCCUGCGGACGGCAUUGUGGACGCCGAGGUGGUCCGCGUUCCAUUCUUCGACCCGACGAAGGAAAUGCCUAAAACAGCCUUGUAA